GUGUGUGUGUGUGUGUGAGAGAGAGAGAGAGAAACAGAGAACCCGGCUGCUGCCACCGAGCUGCCCGCUCCUGCUGAGGGGAAGAGGAGGAAACAUGAGCUCCAGGAAAGUGAUGGCCAUCCAGGCCAGAAAAAGGAGGCCGAAGGGGAAGAAAGACAGAGCGGGUCACAAUCGGAGGCCUGAGACCCAGCAGAAAGCCCCGGUGACUGCCCCUCCUCCCCCGCCGCCCCCUCCGCCUCCCCCUGAGCCGGCAGGGCCCCCAGAGCCGGAGGAGGAGAUCCUGGGCUCCGACGAUGAGGAGCAGGAGGACCCCGCGGACUACUGCAAAGGAGGGUACCAUCCGGUGAAGAUCGGGGAUUUAUUCAACGGGAGGUACCAUGUGAUCAGGAAGUUGGGGUGGGGCCAUUUCUCCACCGUAUGGCUAUGCUGGGACAUACAAGUGAAGAACUUUGUGGCGAUGAAGGUGGUGAAGAGCGCCCAGCAUUACACAGAGACGGCCCUGGAUGAGAUCAAACUGCUGCGAUGUGUGAGAGAGAGCGACCCCGGCGACCCCAACAAGGACAUGGUGGUUCAGCUGAUAGAUGACUUCAAAAUCUCUGGAGUCAAUGGCAUACAUGUUUGUAUGGUGUUUGAGGUGCUCGGUCACCACCUGCUGAAGUGGAUUAUUAAAUCUAACUACCAAGGUCUGCCGCUGCCAUGUGUCAAGAGCAUUAUCAAACAGGUCCUGCAGGGUUUGGACUACCUCCACACUAAAUGUAAAAUCAUCCACACGGACAUCAAACCAGAGAACAUCCUGAUGUGUGUGGAUGAUGCCUUUGUUAGGCGUAUGGCCAUGGAGGCCACCGAGUGGCAGAAAGCUGGAGCCCCUCCUCCGUCUGGAUCAGCAGUUAGCACAGCCCCCCAGCUCAAACCGGUGGGGAAGAUCUCCAAGAACAAGAAGAAGAAGCUGAAGAAGAAACAAAAGCGGCAGGCGGAGCUGCUGGAGAGGCGAAUGCUGGAGAUCGAAGCCCUGGAGAGAGAGGCCGAGAAGAAAGAGGAGAGAGCCAAAGAAGGUGGAGAGAAAGGGGACCAUGAACACAACCCGUCUUCACCGCUGCAGCCGCCGCCGCAUCUGGGCCCCAGCAUGGCGGAGGGAGAGAGCGAUGAGGAUGACGAUGAUGAAGAGGAUGGAGAAGAUGAUGAGGAUGAAGGAGUAGAGAGGGAGAGGCCCAUCAGGUUGACUAAUCAUACAUGUGCAGCGCCUCCCCAGGAGCGGAGCGAGGAGCUCCACAUCACCGAGGACGACCCCGAUGAGGAUGCGGAAGACGACGAGGAGCCCACGCCUGUCGCUGAAAAAAAUACGCCCAUUCCCCCCAACAAAGAAGAAGGUAAUGGAGAUCCAACACAAGCAGCGGUAGAGGAGGAGGAGGAGGGGGAGGAAGAGGAAGAGGAGGAGGAAGAGGAGGAGGAGGAGGGGGGAUUGAAAGAAGCAGAGGAUGAGAGAGAGGAAAAGGAAGUGGAGGGAAAGGUAGUGGUGGAGGAAGAAGAGGAGGAGGAGGAGAAAGAGACUGAAAGAGAGGAGAAUGAGACAGAGGAGCCAAAGAACGAGAGCAAAACAGAGGAAGAGGCAGUGGUAGAGGAAGAGGAGUCAAAGACGCAGGAGGAGGAGGAUGAUGAGGAUGAGGACGAGGAGGAGGAGGAUGAGGAGGAGGAUGAGGAGGAAGAGGAAGACGAGGACGAUGACACAACCGCAGAUCUCCUUUCCGACGCCACCUUCCCCUCCAUCAAAGUCCACCACAACAGAAACAACUCGGCUAAAACCAACGGUCACGUUUUGUUGGGAUCCGAGGGACUGAAACCAAACCCCGGCACUCCUCCGCCUCCCUCGCCCACCCCCGAGCCUCUCCUCUGCCCCCUGGUGGAGUCUGAGCUCAGCUACACAGACAGGGACAACUCCCUCAGCUCUGGGUAUGAGAUGUAUAACGGUGAGCUCGCCGAGCCGGGGCUGACCAACGGCUCCAGUGACCGCCAUCGGGCCACUAUACCCAUCUUCCCAGACUUGCCCUUGGAUCCUGAGCCAGGGAACCCAGUAUCUGUUGGGGCGGCAGACAUUGGAGCAGGCCCAAACAGCCCCACCGCUGACCGCAGUCGCACUGUGUCGUCCUCGAGCACGGGAGAUACACCCAAAGUCAGGGCCAGAGCUGCAGAUCUCCUGAUCAACCCACUAGACCCACGCAACGCUGAGUCUAUUCGAGUCAAAAUCGCUGAUCUCGGAAACGCCUGCUGGGUGCACAAGCACUUUACAGAGGACAUCCAGACAAGACAGUACCGUUCGAUUGAAGUCCUGAUAGGAGCUGGUUACAGCACCCCUGCAGACAUCUGGAGUACUGCCUGCAUGGCUUUCGAGCUGGCUACUGGAGAUUAUUUGUUUGAGCCCCACUCUGGAGAGGACUACUCCCGUGAUGAGGACCACAUAGCCCACAUCAUAGAGCUGCUGGGCUGUAUUCCGAGGCACUUUGCUCUCUCUGGAAAAUAUUCCCGGGAGUUCUUCAACCGAAGAGACCACAUCGCUCUGAUCAUGGAGCUCCUUGGGAAGGUUCCACGCAAAGUGGUCGCUGCCGGGAAGUACAGCCGAGAGUUUUUCUCCAAGAAAGGCGAGCUGCGACACAUCACCAAGCUGAAGCCGUGGUCCCUGUUUGACGUGUUGGUGGAGAAGUACGGCUGGGCGCACGAAGACGCUGGUCACUUUACCCACUUUCUUCUGCCCAUGCUGGAGAUGGUUCCCGAGAAGAGGGCCUCGGCCGGCGAAUGCCUCAACCACCCCUGGAUCAACUCGUAGCCACAAUCUCUGAGCAGACACCCUCCUUCCCCUUGUCCCCCCUCAAACAUCAACCCCUGGUGGCAGCAUGGAGAGAAGCCGGCGACAAACUGAGUCGGAGUAGAUGAGAAAGCCUUAUUCCUUCCUGCCCUGUUCCACACAUCCAUUACAUGCUUAUCUGAGUAGGCUUAAGUCCCACACAAGCCCCUCACCUUUCCGAAAAGGAAUGUAAAGACAAGAUUAUGGAGAUAACAUGACAUAGUGGUUGUGUCUUCCAAAACGUCUCCCUAAAAGAAAUCGGAUCAUUUGAAGAUGGAUGCUGCUCACACACCGUAAACAGGAAAAGUCAGGCUGUCUGAAAGAGACGUGCUUUCUUAUUCUCUCCUGCCAUCAAAAUGUCAGCCAGUCUCUUUCAUCUUACCUCCUCCUAAAUCUCAGUUUUAACUUGUCUGGAUCCAGCCAUGGGCCACUGACAGCUGCUGAUCUCUUCAGUGACGUGAAAGAAAAGUCACCCAGAAGCCCCAUAGCAGCGCCGACGGCCCAGAGCUCCAUCUGCCAUGACCUUUACAUAGCCAGGGCCUCAAAGACAAGACAAGUGUGUGUUUCUGUGGGUGAAAAUGAGCCUAAAAAGACCCCACUCCUUAUCUUUCCAGCCCACUUUCCCCACCUUCCCUCCCUCACCCCUGCUACGGAAGAAACACCCACAUCAGACUAAACGUUUACACCCUGAUUUCUUCCACGAAUCCAAUCCCAAAAAGACCCUUUUACCUGUUUGCUUCCCCAAAUCCCACCACGUCCUAUUUGGAGCUGCAUGCUCCUGCCAGGGGCCACUUAAAGAGAACUGGAGGGCAGCCAGUCCUCCAGGGGCCACCACACUGACAGUUGCCACUCUGACAGAGACAGUGCUGGAUGAGCAAAAAAAACAAAACAAAAAUACAAUCAAUUUACACAGAGGAGGACUGCUUGGUCUUAAAAAAAAACAACUAUUUUUAAAAUGCAUGGAGGGACUGAUGGAUCAGCAUGAACGGAUAUGACGAACGGACGAUGGAUGCGUUAUUUUAUUUGUGCAUUUGGCUGUUUUCCCCCCUGUUUCAUCACCUCUCUUGGACAUUCUGUUAGAAAGAUUAUGUUAGGAUAUUUUGGUGCCCCCCUUUUGUGGAAGGUUACUACAUUAUCACCUCUUCUUCCCCAGCUUUUGACAUUCCUAAGUCUUGGUCCAUCAUUCCUGACUUUAAUUCCCAAGAACAAUUCUGUUGAGUCCUGCUGUGGCAAGUUUACCUGAUCUGAUUGGUACUAUUCCCCUAUUUUUUUUUUUUCCCUUAUAGAGGAACCCUUUGAUCCCUGAGGUUCUCCAGAUUAGGGGAUGGUCACAUGGAGGUUGCACUUGUCUUUGUAGAUGUCCUUCAGGGAUUUGAAACCUUUGUACAUAGAACUGAGAUCUUGCAAAGCAGAUACGCGACCGUGGACAAAGUUUCAACACACAAGCAUCAUUCCAAAAAUCAGAGGCUGUCGUUGGCAUAACUUGACUUCCUCUGAUACAGCGGGGGAGGGAGGUGGGCCGCCAUAGCUCUGGCCCCUGGAUGAGGAAUGUUCAGACUGAACUGUGCCACCUGGUGGCCGAGAGUACUGCAUUGCCACACACUGCUGCUGCUCUCAGUGCCAACGCUCCAAGACGUUCCACUAUAUCUCUCCACUUAAUCUCUAUUUCUCUGUCACACACACACACACACACACACACAAACACAGACAGACAGACACACACACACACACACACAACAAAAAAAACAAAAAAACUUGCAUCAUCACAAUUAGUCCAGUUGCCUAUUUUUCGCAAUAAAUGAAAAAAGAUGAGUAUAAGUAAAUGGUGAAAUAUUUUUAAAAACUAUUUAAUUCAUUAAAAAAAAAAGAGGAAAAAAAAAAAAGAAAACAACUUUUCUCUGGUUGUUGUGACCGUGACCGAAUCUCGUCUUAUACUGAGGUGAUUGUGUUUGUCUUUUAGAGAUGUUUUUAUUUCUUUUGUCAUUAUUAUUAUUAAUUAAUAUUAUUAUUAUUGAAAGAUUUUUCUUUUUUUUUUUUUUUUUUUUUUACAAGUUUGUCACCUCUCCCCUCCCUCCUUACUUGAACAGUGCUGCUCUGUCUGGGCUCUUGAUGGUGAUAUAAAAGAAAAAAAAAAAAUCAACAGUUUUGCAAUAAAGGGUAUGUGAUGAGUUUUUUUGCACCAAAACCUCCUGAUCUCACUCUUUCAGCCAUGCUGACUGUUCUUCCUGAUGACAUUGACAGAAUCGCGUCUCUUGUCUGUGUUUUUCAUUGACAGAUUUAAUAAAAUUGUAAAAAUUAA